AUGCCCCGCGACUGCCACCCACUUUGUCUCGAGAAACGCGACUUUAUGCAGGUUUCCUGUUUCUUUUUAUUUAUUUCAUUUCAAAAAAGUUGGUGGAAUACGUUGGUCAAGAAAGUUUUCGGAAGUUCAUACACGGGCAAAGUCCAAAAAGGACUUUUGGGAAAAAGGCCUCUAGACCUUUUUUCUGGGAAGGACUUUUUAAGGAGGUUUAAAAAAAGAAGGCCGGAAAAAGGAAAUAAUGAGAAGCUUUUUGCAUGUUUCUAGUAACUUAAAAAGAAGAUUUAGGCUCUUCUUUUAAGGUUUUUUUGACCUUGCCUGUGUAAAAAGACUUCUCUGGCAAGCUGGAUCGCUUUUUUUUUAAUGAGGCCUGUUUUUUAAAGUUUUUCAAGUUCGGAAGACUUCAGUUGAAAUAUUCCAAAAAUCCAAAAAUUAUAAGGUUCUGUAGGAAAUCUAUAAUUAAAGAUAAACAUAUUGGAUAAGCUAUAAAAAUAGCCAAAAAAACAUUAAAGAAUAUUCAUUUUAAUAAGUUUCAAGUUUUUCUUGGAGAUUUAUCUCAUUCAGAAAUUUUUGGUAGAAGGGUACUGUAGGUAAUGGAAAAACGAUCGAUUAUUCGAAAAAAAGGCCCAAGUGUAUAUUUUGUCUCAAUACUUCUGUUUGAAAUAAUCGAAAAAUACGAAAUAGAAAGUUCAAAAAUCUGAACGAUUAACUUUUUUCGAAAAUCUAUCAAAAAAAGCGAGAAAAAAGACAUUGAUCAGCAGGAAGAAAUUCUUGAUUCGAGGAAAGUCAAUAAGAAUAAAAAAACAUUAAUUAAACUAGUUUACAAUGCCUCGAACUCUUCAAGAUUUGAAAACUAAAAAAAGCAAAAAAAUUAUUAGCGAUAUUUUCGUCUACACUUGCGCUCUAUGGAGAAUUUACAGCCGAUUCAUUUCAACAGGGAAAAAUUUAUAAAACCUGAUAUUUUAUCGAUUUUUUUAGCAAAAAAAUUACUCGAAAUCUAAAUUUUUCCACCCCACCCCCUUUGGAGCUGACAAUCAACUGAAAAAAAGCUCACAAGACGAAAAAAAUAAAUAUUCCUUCUAAACUAUAUUUCACAACGGGAAAAAUGGCUUGAAAAAUGUGUGUUCCAAUAAAUGUCAGGAAAAAAUAAGGGAUGGAAACAAAAAUUACACGUUUUGUAACAUGCAAUUUUGGACUGGAUCCUUGUUGAAAAAAAUGGAGGAUUUUCUGGGAAUUUAUUGGGAAAAACUAGACUUUUUUUGUUGCUUUUUUUGAGAACCGAAAAAGAAAGAAGACAUGGUUUGUACUGAAAUUUUAAAAAAAUGGAAAAAAAGUCUUUUUGCAUUCAAAAAAACUGUUGAAAAAAAUGGCAGAAAAACUAGAAAAAUUCUGUAUUUUUUUCGUGUCAAAAAAACUUCUGGAAAAAAAGAUGAAAUUGUCAUAUUUAUAAAAUAUUAAAGCUUGAAAAUGUCCAUUUUUAGAUUUCAAACGUUCCAAAUAUUAAAAAAAUAUAAUUUUUUUGAUUUUUUUCAAAGCAGAAAAAUCUUCGAAUAAACUCAAAAAAAUAGUCAUUUUUUUCGAGAAAAAAACUUCAAAAAAAUUUUUUUUUCAACAUUUUUCAGAACAAUAACUUCCAAAUAAAGGCUCAAAAAUGUAUGAAAUCUCAAUUUUUUUCAAGCAAAAAUCUUCAAUUAUACUUAAAAAGUAAUACAUUUUUUUCAAAAAGAAAAAGCCUCAAAAAACGUCUUCUUUUAGUAUUUCCAAGACGAAACUUCCAAAUAAAGUCACAAAAAGUCUAACUUUUCCUUUCUUCAUAGCGAAAAUCCUCAAAAAACCUCAAAAAUAGUCUAUUUUCCAAAAGAAAAGCCUCAAAAAACGUCAUUUGGUCACAUUUCAGUACAAAAACUUCCACAUAAAGUCUGAUUUUUCGUUUUUUCAAAGGUGAAAUUAUCAACCAAGCUCAAAAAAAGUACAUUUUCCAAAAGAAAAGCCUGAAAAAAACGUCAUUUUCCCACAUUUUCCGGACAAAAACUUCCAAAUAAAAAGCACAAAAAUGUAUGACGGGGGAUCAAGUGCGAAAUGGAAUUAUAUUCGGCGGGUCCUUUUGAGUGCGAUAAGGGCCAAAAUUUGGUUUAGGAACGUGUAGGUGAUAAAAGUUUGCGCGACCGUGAUAACUGAUUUGUGUUGCUAUGUUUAAAAAAAGUAUACUAUAAAAAAAUGUUUUCUCGGUUUCUUAUAGCUCAAAAAAACACCUGUAAGAGAGCAAGAAAGUCUUGAAACAAUCAAUAAUGGGCGUGGCCAGCCAAUUAAAGUGAUAGUUCGGUGGAGCGAAAUUGCACCCCUUGAAAAGCUGCCGAUUUAUUGAUUCGUUUUGCUAUGUUUAAACUCAAAAAAAUGUUUUUCGAUUAUUUACAGCUCAUGAAGAUGAUAGGCUUUGAGAAAUGUUGCAAGAAGAUGAAAAAUGGGCGUGGCCAGCCAAUUAAAGUAACAGUGCGGUAGAGCGAAAGUGCUUGUCGUAAAAAGGUGCCGAUUAACUGAUUUAUCUUUUGAUGUUUGAAAAGUAUACUAUAAAAAUAUUUUUUCUAUUCUUACCAGCUCAUGGGCAAGUGCGCUCUAAAAAAUCUUUCAAAAAAAUCAAUAAUGGGCGUGGCCAACCAAUCAGAGCCAUAGUUCGACAACGCAUAAUCAUAUUUCUUUCAAAGCUACCAGUAAAUGUACUAAAACUCAUAAAAUCUCUUUUGAAACAGAAAAAUAAAAUCAACAAUAUCAAGGCGCUUAUCAAAAGCGCCCUAAUCGAUUUAUCAACGUUUAUUUUCAUCUCUAGUGAGUUUAAGAACAAAAAUAGGCGUUUACGAGGGAAAAAGAUAAGGUUCUGGUGUCUGAAAGUGUUAUAAAGGACUGACUUGAGUCAUAAGUUUCAAAAAUGGAAGAAAAAAAGUUGUCAGGCUUUUUUUUACAUUGAGCAGGGUGGACUAAAACGUUCGAUAAAUACAAAAAUCGACAAAUUUCUGAGUUCUAAGAAAUCAAUGAUUUGAGAAAACUUGGAAAUACUAUUAGGCAAAAAUACGAUUAGGGAAAAAAAUACCCAAAACUUGAAAAUUUUUUCUUUUUCAAACAUCCAUAAACAGUAAUAAUGUCAUUUUCACAUAGCUUCCUUUCAAAAAUCGCAACUUUUUUGCAGGUGAACCCUCCCCGGAAAGCGACCGACUUUUACCGAGACUACGACCCGUGGAUCGGGAUCGGGACGGCCGUGGCCCUUUGCCUCUUCUUCUUUGUGAUCACCGUGAAGAGCUGCGUUCGGUACGGGAUCCGUCGGUAUCAAAUGCACAAGUUCUACAAGGAGAUGCGGCAGGACGAGCAGCGGAAACAGCUCGCCGAGCCUCGUCUCGUUUGAGUCAGUUUUUGAUGGGAAUUUCUGGGUGAUAGUGUAUUUUUCUCGACUUGAGAGGCGAGACUAAAACAUUAAAACCUAUUUUUUUCUCAUUAGUUAAGAAAAAUAAAGUUAAAAAACUCAAAAGCGUCCUAAUCGAUUUAUCAACGUUUAUUUUUAUCUCUAGUGAGUUUAAGAACAAAAACAGGCGUUUACGAGGAGGAAAGAUAAGUUUCUGGUGUCUGAAAGUGUUAUAAAUUGAGUCAUAAGUUUCAAAAAUUUAUGAGAAAAAAGAUCUUAUUAGUUGUCAAAUGUUUUUCACAUGAAAAGACUCGACUAAAACGUGCAAAACUCUGAGGCUCUGUUGCCUUUCAAAAAUUAAAAGGUUAAAAAAUAGAGUAGACAAGGAUCUUUUGAAGGAAUUUUUCCAAAGGUCCUUUUCAGGUCUUUCAAAAAUAUCAAAUUCAAAAUUAAGAAAAAAACGUGCCACUCUUGCAAAUCUACUCAACUCGCUCUUAACUGCGAGACAAAUUGACUGCAAAAUAUUCAAAUUUUCUUCAAAGUGUGUUCUUUUUUCCAGGAUCCCCUGGCGAAUCCGAAUUUUGAGAUCUCGGAACUGCUCGAAUUCGUUGAAGAACAACUUCAUAAGGAGGCUGAUGAUGAGAAGAAUAUAA